AUGGAGAAACUUAUCCAUCAAAUGCAGGAUGAGAAGACUGGAGUGCCCAUUAGAACUGUAAAGAGUUUCAUGUCCAGAAUUCCUAGUGUUUUUACAGGUGAACGGCAGUUUUAAAAUACUAGUAGUUAAACAAAAUAAUGAAUAUUUUGUAAAUUGGAGAUGUAAUUUUCAUGGGUUAGAGUGGAACAGAAGAGCAUUUGAAAUCUGUAUGUUGAUAUAUUACUGUCAAACCUCUUAUGGCCUGCACCUCUCCACAACGGCCUCCUUUCUACAACAGCUACUUUUUUGGUGGACAUUUCAUACAUUGACUCUUGUUUAAACCUCUCUACAACAACCACUUUCUUGUGCCCAAGGUGGUCAUUGUGGAGACUGAGGUUCCUUUGUAUAUAAGAGCUUAGGAGCUGUUUUGGAAUAAUGCAUGUCUAGGGAUCUAACUGAAUGCAUCCUUCUUGUAAUUCCUACAUGUGCGCAUGGUCUGUUUUCUUAGGUGAGUUUUACAUUACAGCUGUCUUCCUCAAGUAUAGUAAAAAUAAAUUAAAGUGGAAAGCAUAACCCUUUAAGCCCCGAGAUCCACAUACAAAUUCUCCAGACUGAUCUCCAUUCAUUUCUUUCAAGAAUAGUUGAGAGAAUUUAGUUUACGAUCAAAGCAUUCUCCCUUUGAUAAUCAAUUUAGUAAUUCUCAUAACCUUUACUCUUGUUCAUCCGCUGAUGUUGUUAGGAGGAAAUUGAUGUUGGUCGCUCUUGUGACCUAAAGGGAUAAAGGGGCGAGGAUAUUGCUGUUUUAGAUCAAUUCUGUACUGAAGUCGUUACUUUAAGUUCCUUUACCCAUACACAAAAUGCUCUAUUAGAAGAAGAUAUCAAACACGUUUGAUCAGGAAGCAAUACGCAUAAUUAUUAUACAUUGUACUCACUAUCUGUCUUCUCACUGGCUAACAGCCUACAGCUAAUUUUGGAAAUCAGGUCAACCUACAGAGUAGUCGGUUAUCUGCUAGCAAAUAACUGACUAAUCUGUAGGUUGCGCACGCAAUGCAUGAUUUCCAAUAACCACAUCAAUUUAGGUUCCUUGCGACGGUGUGUUUGUCGUUAUUUUCUUCCAAACAAUGUAUAAUAAAAAUCUUCACAGUGUUUAAUCAAGUUUGGGCUUAUAGAAUUUAAUGUCACAGUUUUUCAAUGACCAUGAAAUUCAGAAUCCAGGUAGCUAGUUAAUAAUAUUAAUUGUGACCCUGAAAAAAUUUGAAGGAAAAAAAAACUACGAAGUUUUCAGAAAAUGGUUUUGUCAUGAGAAGGACUCUUAAACGCUGACAAACAAAUAACUAAAACUAUAAUUUCUAUAUGUUUACAUCGCGCGCAAUUAAAAGGCCCUAAAGCUUUUUGCUGACUUGCAAGGACCUAACGUUAUUCUCGGUUUUCACAUGACGUCACCAUAAUUCAAACUAAGAAACUACAGCUUCUUCUGAGUUUCUACUUUCGUGUGAUAUUAGAGCACCUUAAAACCUUCAUACAAACAAAUUUUCGGUUCUAAAGGCUCCUUUGUUUUGCGAUACAGGACGCCUGAAUUUCCACGCUUUUGCAUGACUCGUCAUUGUGGGUUAAAAACAUUACGGAUUUUUGGACAUUUUGCUAUCUAAACAUUCCUUGUAUUAGAAUGAAUAUAACUUUAAUCUUUAUAAGUUCCUCAAGCGAAGAAUUCACACAUAAGUAGCAAAUCUCAAAAACAGAUGUUUCUGUUGGUUUCCGGCGGCUAUAUUUGUGCCCCUGAAAGGGACACAAACAUGGCGUCUCCAUACAAAGCUUUACAAAUUUGGGUAAAACGUUUUUCCGAAUAUCUCGCAUAUGAACUGUUGCAUAGACUUAAGUAAUUCUUGGCAAGGCUUUUUGUAUAUUUAUCUUCUUUCAUUUCCCAGAUUCUAGACUUUCUGUAUUAAAAGGUUUCCAUUUUUAUUUCUGCUUCCUCACGUGAGUGAAAACAGAGAAUAAAGAUCUCCAGAAUAAAGAGAUAAAUCUCACUGUUUAUUAGAUCUAAUCAAGUAAAGUUUGCUUAUCAUUUUCACAUAAAUUAUGACCUAAAUUUGCAAACCGCUGAAUUUCUCGCAUUAGGUCUUUGCAAUUUUGGUGAAACUCUGUUCAACCCAAGGCACUAAUGUGCACUAUACGUAGCCGAAAGAUUUUCACAAAAAAAUGCCAGCAACAGUAGAAUUUCGACUCAGACUCCAAAGAGGCCUGGCACUACAACCACAUGACAUUUACUCAGAACGGCAAAAAUUUUAUGCUAUAUUGUAGAUUGAUCUACAUGUUAUCCAUGCUAUAUGUUUGACUUACUAUCAAAGGAAAGGUGGGGAUACCAGAGAGCUUCAAAGUAGGAUGGUACCCUCACAAAAUAACUGGAUCGUGUCACCUUAAAGUCCAUAUGGACUAGGGAAUGUGCAUUUUUGUACCAUCUGUGAAAUUGCAUUUGUGUAGGUGGUCCUUGAAAAUCAAAUGUGGUCCUUGAAAAGUCCUUAAAAACUGGUUGCAUUGUUUUGUAUGAACCCUGCCAUCCUCGAAGACCCAGGAACAGUCAGUUGGGCUGGGAGAAAAGGCGCAAUGAAAGUACAGUGAAACCUCUAUUAAGCGGACACCCUCUAUUAAGCAGACACUAGGCCGGGUCCCGAAAUUAACAGCUCAUAUUUCCCUUUAUGACGAACCCCUAUUCAGUGGACACCUACACUAGGCGGACACGGGCACUUAAAUAAAUCGUAAUUGGCUAAUUUCUAUUGUUAAAAACCUCUAUUAAGUGGACAGCGGACUGAAUUGACAAUGGUAGUAUUGGCUUGCUUCCUUGAAAUACGUUCUGUAGUUGAUUAAUAAAGAUAAAUCAAUGCAUUUGGCUGUCAAUAAACUGUAGAUUAGACUGAUAUCUGGCAGUAUUAUUGUCAUCCGCGAUCAAAGUCAAAGACUGCAACGACAAUGAGAACGUCAAAAAAGCAAUAGCUUGACCAAGCAAAAUAACAACUUUGCACGUGCAUCACAUUUUUUUGUACAUUUCUGUGCCAUCACUGCAUGACUGCCAUGAGAAAAUGACAUUUUCACGUCGUAGCCGUGCAGUUAUGGCAAAGAAAUCUACAAAAAAGCACGAUGCACAUGUAGAGUUGUUGUUUUGUCAAUCUAAACCUGUUGUUUUUUGGCCGUUCUUGUUGAUGUUGCCUUCAUCGUUGCUUAAGCUCCCUAUUCAUGUUUUGAUGGAGCAACUGAAUAAAGUUCAUUUUCAUUUUGCAGGUAGUGAGCUUGUUGACUGGGUCAUGGCUAAUCUUUCGAUUGAAGACAGAGGUAGUAAAUUAACCUUGUUCAUGAACACCUUUAUUACAAAAAGAAAUGAACAGAGACACAAAUAAGGACUGGCUAAGUCAACUACAUGUUGUAAAAGCAAGGAAUAAUAAUUAUAUUGCUUCUACUAAGUUUUUGCAACCAUCCUAUAGUGUUUCAUAGUGUUCUCAAAUACUUUGUGGGAGAGCCAUUCUUGGUUAUGAGGAACUGGCUUGAAUUGCAACCUCUUGGAAGAACUUUGACCGCAUGCUCAGUAGCGGAUCUAGACCUUCAGAUAAAGGGGGCCUGGUCUCCAGUUUUGUCUAAAAAUAAGAGGGGGGGGGUAGCCUGGGCCCCUCCCCUAGAUCUGCUACUGUACAGGGUAUGCGUCACUUAGAAGGGUACAUGUGUGUGGUACAAUGCAAAGUACCCUUGCCACGCCUACCCCUGAAAAUUUUACAAAGGAACUAAAUUAAUAUCAACAACAUUUUAAGUGACUGCUUUAAUUCUCACACAGGUGCCGCAGUUCAUUUAGCUUCCCUUCUGGCGGCUUAUGGAUAUAUUUUUUCAAUUACUGAUCACCAUUUAAUGGUCAAAGACGAUGCUUCAUAUUACAGAUUUCAGGUGUGUUGAACUUUGACUGAUGAAAGAUCUUUUAAAUAUUUUCCAAGAAUAGUGAUUUAACUUUUUUUGCUUAAAUAGUGCAUUCUGCCCUAACUAUCCUGUGCUUAUUUUAGACGCCAUUCUUUUGGCUAUCAAACAAUUGGGAACCAGAGAGUGUAGAUUAUGGUAAGGUAUUAUAAUGUACUUAAAGAUAUUUCACAGCCCACUUCACAACUGAAAUAGGUCCUUGGCAGCUCGAGAUCUGCCAAAAUAACCAUUAUUAUGGUAUACAACCCUAAAUAUACCAGAGAUCAUCAUCAUCAUUAUUAUUUGCCUUGCUUCAGUACAGUGCAAGUUUACUGCUAGAUUUGUUUUGGCAAAGAGACCUCAAGAAACCACCCCAGGCUUAUAACAGAGGCCACCUCAAAUAUUAAUAUAUUUACAAGUAAAAGAAGUACUGUGCGUGUGCUGCUUGAAAAAAAUUGCUGGACCACAUGCCUUGUGGCUCAGCAAUUUUUUCCAUAUACUCCACCCUUAUAAUCGUAUGUGUCUUUCACUUUAAAGUUGGCUCUGUAGCAGAUUUGUGCGUGCUCUUUGAUUUCUAUUUGUGGUAUUGUUGUAUUCCAUAAUUGUUGCAUAAGCAAAUCAUGUGACUACAAGCUGCAUAGUCUAUAUUGUUCUCUGAAGAGCACUAUUAUUGUAAAUUACACUAGACAACUCAGUUUGUUUAACUUAAUUGUGUCAUCAAACUUGGUUGCCAAUCUGCCUAUUUGAUAUACUUGUCAUAAAUAAGCCAGUACAGUGAGGAAAUGAGGUCACAGCAGCAGAUUAAUAAAUGAUUUUAAGUGGCCCUGCUUUUAAUAAAUGAUUUUAAGUGGCCCUGCUUUUAGCCUAUAUUUUGGCUCCUGUAGCAUCAAUAGUACAUGUAGUCAAAGGUAUGUUUUAAAAUAUUUUACCCACAUUGAUCACCACAAUCAUUCUUUUUGAUAAACUCUGUUUUUGAAUUUCUAGCGGUCUAUUUGUGUAAAAGAACUAUGCAGAAUAAAUCAAGAUUAGAAUUGGAUGACUAUGAAGCGGUGAGUGAGACGUAAAUUAAUCUAGUGUACAAGUUCUGUUCUUGUCAUUUUUUGUAUUUACAUGUAGUGUUUUUUUUUAAAUUGUUGUUAUUUUUCUUUCCUUAUAAGCAGCAAGCAAAGAAAGUCGUGUCGGAUAGCCUGGGACUAGUGGAUUUUGCUAUCGGGCUAGUGACUUCUGGUCUUAAUUUGCAUGAUGGGCAAAUAAAUUUUUGGGGAAAUUCACAUACAGAAGAACUGUAAUCAAUCCUGCUCAUCAAAAAUUUUUUGGGGCUAAUCAAUAUGACUCUUGGGCUAGUACAUGCUAGCUGCAACUUGCUGAAUGGCAAGCUGUAAAACUGACUUUGCACCCUGGUGAGGCUAAAUGAUUGACUUCCUUUCAUUUGCAGGAAAAUCUAGCCAAGCUACAGAGAACACUGUCCAGGAAAUGGGAAUUUAUAUUCAUGCAAGCCGAGGCACAAGCAAGGUGACUAUUUAACCCUUUAAGCCCCAAGAUCAACAUACAAAUUCUCCAGACUGAUCUUCACCCAUUUCUUUUAAGAAUAGUUGAGAGAAUUUGGCUUAAGAUCAAAGCGAUCUCCCUUUGGUAAUCAAUUGAGUAAUUCUCAUAACCUUUACUCUUGAUGAGGGUUAACAAUUAUUCCAGGAGUGUGUGUUGGAUUUGAGAUGGCAGAUAGCCAAUGAGGCACGUAGUGGUGAGUUGGCUAUAAUCUUCUCAUAUCCAACAAGUGCAAGUGGAAUAAUUAGGGAACUUAAGAACCACGACGACGAUUUUGUCAACGACGACCGGAAGUGAGUUACAGUGUACUGCGCAAGUGCGACCAGUAAAUUUCGUCAUCGUGGUGUUGUCAACGACGCCAAACAAAGUAGAAUCACAUCGUCCUGCAAUCCACACUUCUGCCGGUAUAAAUUAACUGUUUUAAGCAAUUUUGGAAGUCAAAUUGCAUUUUCUUAUGCUCGUAAAUCCAGGUAUCGUUCCUUUUUUCUCCUAACAAGCGAUGUUGAUUGAAAAUUCGACUAAUGAAUUGAUUUUACUUCAAAGAAUGACAACAGCUGUGGAGGCCGAGCAAACGAACUCGUAAGUGAUAAAUAUAUUUGUACGUAUUUAGGUAAGGGAAAUCAUAUAUCUUUAAUAUAGAGGAAAUAAACUUUAUAUGGAAAACAGCUAUCACAUCAGAAUGUCUCUUUUUCCAAAUCUAAACUCUGACAGACACUCGGACUCGCUCAUCUCAUUCAGGUUGAAAGUUGAAUAAUCUCCGUACGGAAAGCAGGUGUUUUUCCACUCGAAAAGGUCAGACAACACAAAAAUUCUUUAUAGUCAACGAAAUUAGAUGUAUGGCUUAAAAAAUAAGAUCCUGAAUUGUUUUGCAAGACGCCGAAAAACUUUGUUGCGAACGAACAUCACAGUUUUACAUUUGUGUUUACAUUCAUGAGUGUCGUCGUCGUCGACCUACCGACCGACUGCAUCUCAAGUUUCCUUUUUCCCGUCAAAACUGACGUUCCCGUUCCAGUCUUUUCCCAGUCAACAGACGUCGUCCUUGGAACUUGGUCGUGGUUCUUAAGUUCCCUAUUGUUUUAUUAUAAACGCCCACAAAAUAUCGAGAAUUCUUCCGGACCUAUGUGUAAAAACAUCCGAUUUUCAGCUUGUUUUUAAUUUUAAGCAGAUCCUUUGGAGAGCAAGGUAUAAUGACUCAUAUACCAUGAUGGCUAAACUAAUCAGCACUCUAGAAUUGCAUAUUAUCCAAUGAUUCACUUUUUAAUAAUACCAUUAAAUCCACGAACGUUCCGCUAUUCAAAGUAUGAACACAGGAAAUCAGUUCAACCAGCUCAAGUGACCACCUUAGUGUCCAAAAUACAACAAAUCGGUUUUCAGUCAAAGCACAGUAAUGUACAUUUACGUAUGCGUAUUACCUUACUGAAAGUGUCAGUUACUUUUAGCUUUUGCAACCUCUCAUAAAUGACAAGUUCCUGAAAGUAACCACUAAAUCUUGUCAUUUUGGGUGGUCCCUUAUUGGAGGUUAGACUGUUAAUUGCAUUGUAAAAAAAAUUGCUGAAAACAUUAACCCUUUAAGCCCCAACAUCCACAUACAAAUUCUCCAAACUGGUCUUUAAACAUUUCCUUAAGGAAUAAGUUGAGAGAAUUUGGUAGAAGAUCAAAGCAUUUUCUCUUAGGUGAUCAUAUUAUCAACUCUCAUAACCAUUUCUCUUGGUAACAUAUGGAUAUUGUUAGGAGAAAAUUGAUCUUGGUCACUAUCGGGACUUAAAGGGUUAAUAUGUUUGUUAUCUGACAGAGUUGAUAAGAAGAGAGACAAAAUGGAGAGACAAAUACUAGACAGUCAAGAACGAGCAUUUUGGAAUGUCCAUAGACCACCAGUAAGAUAUCUUAUUACAUGUACCAGCUCCACUUGAUUACAUUACAUAAAAAAUGAUUGCCACGAAAAUGUAAAUCAUGUUCUAUAAAGUCUUCAAUAAUAUAUAGGUUAACCCAAGACUAAAAGCAAAGCUCCCAUUAAUAAACUUGUUAGUGGAUAACUUUAAAGAAACAUAUAACCUCGAUGGGUCAACACCUAAGCCAGCAAUAUGGUCAUAUGAUACUGUUCAGGGGAUACCCUGUUUUUACAGCUGUAAAUUGACCACAAUAGGGAUGUGCAAUAUCAGGUUGUCGGUAGGGUUUCCAUACUAGCUAGAAAGUAUGAGAUUUCAUAUUGGUUACCCUGUGGUUCAGACAGAUGGUCGGAGGAAGAUAUGGUGACCACCAAAAUUUCUCAGAUGGAUAGAUAACCAAAUUUUCUUAGCCAUGGGGCUCUGCUUAUGCAUGUACCACUAGUAAGCAGUCCCCAGGGCUGAAAUGAGACAUUUCUCCCAGUUAUGAUACAGAUUGCCUGCACCACAAGGACCAUGAUACAAUUUUUUUCAUCAUUAUAACUCACCAAUUUAUUUUCACACAAUUCUACCGGCUAUUUUGACUCGCAUGCUAACCCAAGGAAGUAUAGCAAAGCCAAGAAAGUCAGUCUUUUUUAUUUUACCUUCCUAAUUUCAAAUUUGAAAUUUCUUUUUGCUUCAACUGAGUCUUCAUGUUGAUGAUACCCCUGGGUGAUUAUAGUUUUAGAACUUCAUCUCCCUAUAUAUUCACAGUUGUUCUAUUUUUGUUUUCUUUUAGCCAGGUUGUGUGUCUGUAACUGAAAUUGAUAUUAAAAAGGCCUGCAAAGCAGCUGAUACAUCUCCAAAAAGAAAGAGAAAGGUAUAAAGCAUCAUGUGCAGUGAACAUAAUCAUCAUCAUCAUUAUCAUUAUCAUCAUCAUUGUUAUCAUCAUCCUCAUCAUCGUCAUCAUCAUCUUAUUAUUAUUAUUAUUAUUAUUAUUCACCCAUCACUAAUAAUUGCAAUAAUUGUGAUCAUUAUUAUUUUGCUUUGUCCAUAAUAGCAUUCCUUCUAAUUUUUUCCAAUUUUCUCAUAAGAUCAUUGGGGACGGUAAAAGAUUAAUAUUUUGUGAGAAAAAAUUGAAAUAUAAAAACUGAUGCACUCGUUUCAUCGACUUAUAUAUUAGAUCCCAAGCUCUCAUUUCCUUUGGACAAGCAGAUUGAAAGGCAGUCAGAAGAUUUUAAAAAAAGCAUUUGCUUGUUUUCUGGUUUUUUGUACUGACUGAGAUCCAGGACUGGAAAAACGGUCCCCGCCUAAUUGUCUGGGACGAGUAGAUUUCCUUCCUGGGCAAGUAAAUUUUUAAGCUUACUUUCCCCAAAUGGGCCAGGGUCCAGGCAAGUCAAAUCAUGAACUAAGACAAGCAAGCAAUGCCCUGAGCAGGUACGAUCAGGAAUUCAAGUUGGCUUUGAGCCCUGGAAACAGGCACAAAAUAUUAAAAUAAAGCAAUGUAAUAAUUUGUGCUUUUCUGUUUUAGGACCGUUUUUGGAACAAUGAUUCAUUGUCUUCUUCUCGCGCAAUUAAAAGGCCCUAA